AUGUCUUCUGUGUGGAAGUUCUUCAAAAAAGAAGACAACAACAAUGAUUCAGCUUCUUGCAAUUUGUGCGGCAAGUCGUAUAAAACGUGCGGUAAUACAACCAAUUUGGCCACUCAUUUAAAAAAUAGGCAUCAUUUUGCUUAUUUGCAAAUGAUGAAAAUGCCUAGUUCAUUGAAAACAACUAAAUCUAGUGAAGAAACUGAAGACGCUGCGGCAGUAGACUUGAAUAACUCCAAUGUAAGAUUAUCAAAUAUUAAUAUCUUAGUUUGCCAUCCACUAGUACUGGUUAUAAAAAUUCCCAGCAAAGUCAAGAAGAUGUCACAGUCAAUCCUGCUGAGAUGGUUUAUCAUGAAGCUAAAAAAAAGAAAACAAAGCACCUUAGUAGCUUGUUUAGAGAGAGGCUCAAGCUUCGAAGAAGGUGGACAAAAACAUAGUGAAAUAACACAGGCACUGAUUUACAUGAUAUGUAAGGACAAUUUGCCAUUAUCAUGUGUUGAAAAAAAAGGCUUGCAAAAACUUAUGCGCACAGCAUGCCCUCUUUAUAAACUGCCUUCCAGAAAAAAGGUAACUCAUAUGAUAGAAAAUCGAUAUAAUACCACAAAAGCAGUUCUUAUGAAAUCCUUGACUGAGCAAAAUUUUUUAUGUUUUACAAGUGAUAUACUUACUCUCACUAAUUCUACAAGGAGCUUCUUAGUAUUAACAGUUCAUUUUAUUGACAACGUUAAGGGAUCGCCUAUCCUUCAAAAUGUAAGCCUAUGUGCGCAGAAACUGACUCAGGCUCAUUCAGGACAGUACAUAAAAGAAUGCUGGGAAGAAAUUUGUGAAGAAUUUCAUAUAGACAAAAAUAAAAUUGUUGCCAUUACAACUGAUGGGGGUGCAAAUAUAGUGGCGGCAGUGCGAUUGUUUUUAGGGAACGAUCGCAGAAUUUCGUGUAUGGCACAUUGCCUAAAUCUUAUUGUUGAUGGGGUGUUGAAAGAAAAUCACGCAUUUUCAGCUCUUUGCGAUCACGUAAAGAGCAUCGUGACGUAUUUUAAACAAUCCGUAAAUGCGAUGGAUCAAUUACGCUCUGAACAAGAAGUAUCUGGUAUGCAAGAAGGGGAGGUGUUGACAUUAACACAAGCCGUCACCACAAGAUGGAACUCGUGCUUUGACAUGUUAAAAAGAUUUACCACUCUUUCUGCACUAGUAGCUAAAAUUUUAGCUACUAAAAGUCAGACAAGCCGAAAUACACCCGACAUGGUCGCAACUUCUCAAUUAAAUAUUAUACGAGAUAUUGUGGCUAUUUUAGGCCCAUUCAAAGAAGCCACGGAAGAAAUAAGUGGGGCUAAUUACGUGACUUCCAGUUUAGCCAUUCCGGUUACAAAUUUGAUUCGCCAAGCAGUGGAAACUUUAAGUCCAUCUACAAGUUUGGGGCUAAUUGUUAAAGAAGCUCUUCUUAAAAAAGUUCAAGAAAGACUGGUACCUUUACAAGAAAAUUCAUAUUUGUCGGCAGCAACAAUAUUAGAUCCGCGUUUUAAAAAAAUUCAUUUCAAUUCACCAAUUGCGGUUUCACAUGCCAUAGCCAAAAUUAGUAAUGAUAUUCGGAGCGAACACCGACGCAGGGGUCAACUUUCCCCUGAUCUUAGAACGAUCCAAAUAGGAAAAGCACAAGAAAAAACUGAGAGUUCAAUUUGGUCUGGGCAUGAAAAAUUAUUAUCCCAGUCAACAACCGUGCCCGAGGUCCCGAGCUCUGGCUCUGUGCCCAAUGAACUCAAGCAAUACCUUGAUCAACCUCUCCUUGAGAGAAAGGCUGAUCCAAUAAAAUUUUGGACAAAUUGCCAACAUUUUACGCCAGUUCUUUCAGAAGUCGCCCUUAAAUACUUAAUUUGCCAGGCUUCUUCGGUCUCUUCUGAAAGAGUUGCAUCAGCUGUGAAUAUAACUGUACCCGACAACAGAAGCCGCUUGACAGGAGAGCACGUCAAACAGAGAGUGCUACUAAUGUCAAUUUCGGAUGAAUAUUGGUUUGAUUAG